AUGGACGCCGUCGUCGACGAUGGAUCCCAGGCUCUCUUCCAGUUCCAAUCCCCUAAUACGCCGCCGGCGGCGGCCUCCUCCGCAAUAGCGACGACGACGCCCGCGAGGAGCAAUUCCCUCGGAAAGCCCAAAACCCAGGCAAGCAAGAGAAACCGCAAACCUCCCCCGCGGAUCCUCCCAAUCCUCUCCGCCGCCGCCAUUGCGGGGCAAGGUUUCAUCUCCGGCAACGGCACUCGGAUGCUCCCUUCUCAGCUCGUCGAUUUCCAACGCCAACUCGAUUCCCUAAAUCUCCCCGUCCAGAUCCCUUCAUCAAUUCCCCCUCAGAUGCCCUCAUCUUUCGGUGAGGAGUCGAUCUACGAUCGCCUUAUCGCCUUCGGCGCCGCCGGCGCCGAAUUCGAUUCCCGGUGGUUCCAGUACUUCCGAAUGAGCAAUCCUACCUUCCGCAAGCUCCUCGAGCUUCUCGCCCCUUCAAUUGCGUCCCGCCUCCCGCCGUCCAUCCUCCCCGACGUGGCCCUCGCCGCCGCGCUCUACCGCCUCGCCCACGGCGCGCCCUACGCCACCGUGGCCCGGUGGUUCGGGCUCGAUUCCCCUGAGGCCGCGCGCCUCGCGUUCUUCGUCGUCUGCCAGACCGUGUGCGAGAACAUGUCGAUGUUCGUCGAGUUCUGGAAGGAAGUGGAGCUGACCCAGAUGGGAUUCCGGUGGGUUUCCCUGCCGAAUUGCUGCGGCGCUCUAGGGUUUCAGCGAUUUGGGUUCGAGAACAAAGAAUUGGGCACCAGUGGGUCGUUUCUGGUUCAGGCAUUGGUCGAUACCGAUGGCAGGUUCUUGGAUAUCUCCACUGGCUGGCCUGGAACCAUGAGCCCUGAAUCGAUUCUCCGAGAAAGCAAGUUCUUUGCUUCUGUUCAGCAAUCAGAUGAGCUGCGGACAGUGCCGGCUUAUGAUCCUGGUAACGGGGUAUUGUUCCGUCCUUACAUCAUUGGUGAUCCUUCUCUGCCAUUGUUGCCCUGGCUGUUAACACCGUUCAUCGCCAUUGACGAUGAAGUGACGAAUUUGGGGGAGAAAGAGUUCAAUGCACAGCACAGUAGAGGAAUGGCGCUGCACAGCACUGCGUUUGCUCGGCUCAGGGCCCGGUGGCAGCUGUUACGGAUGAAAUGGAGAGAUGACGAGGUCGAGUUUCUCCCCUUCGUGAUUGUGAUGGCUUGUGUUCUGCACAACUUUUUGAUCAAUGCCAAGGAGCCGUUCCCCGAGGAAUGCCAGGAGCUCGGCGCUUCGCAGCAGCGAGAGCAGUUCCCAGUUUACAAAGGAGUCGUGGAUGAGAGGGCAAGGUGGAUCAGAGACAAGCUUGCACAUCAUUUAGGCAGGGCAUGCUUUGGAAGAAUGGUUGGUAAAAGCUCGGCUUAA